AUGGAAAUAGAGGCGAAGUCUGGGAACGCGACGGGCAGCGCGGCAGCCCGUUUCCUCCUCAACCUGCAAAUCCAUUUUUCUUUCCUGCGCUCCGAGCGCCAAAAGCCGAGCCCCCUCCCUGCUGACAGGGGCACGGAGAGCCGGGCACACGACGCUGUCCCUGGGCACAGGCAGCUGCCCGGCGCCGGGAGCGAGGACGAGGGGCCGCCGGCUGUGGCAGCGCUGUGGGACGCGCGGCGCGCUCGGGAGGGACCGCCCUGCCAGAGCCUCCGCAGGGAGAGCGGGCAGCAGCCCCGAGAGCCCUCGGGGGCGGCAUCAAACACCGACCAAACCCCCCCAAAAAGCCGGGCAGCUGAGCUCUGCGGUGCGGGAGGGCGAGCAGCCCCUCCCCAGCCCGGGGGGCAUCCCGGGCAGCAGCACCGCCGUUCUCCCCGGGGAGAAUCCCGACCUGCCCUCUCAGAACCACGGGUUACAGGCUGGGCAAGGCUGGAAGGGGCCACACUGGGUCACCCGGCCCAACCUCUCUGCUCGAGCGGGGUCAUCCCGGAGCACACUCCACGGGAUUGUGUCCAGAUGGUUCUUGGGCAUCUCUUCCCUCCCCGACCCUCGCUCACAAACGAGCGCAGCCAACUUUUCCCAGCGGCGCGGCUGGAGAAGGAGGAGGAGGAGGAGCAGCGCGGGGGGGGACAAGCGGGGGGAAUGUCUGUGCCAAGUCUCCCUCUCCGGCCGCGCGCACCCUCAGGGGAGUGGCCCCGCCGGAUCCCAAACUUUUUCGGGACGGCGAAAAAACUCCGGGAGGCGAGAGGUGCGAGCCGUCCCCCCUCCAGGACUGCCGGCUCCGCUCCCGCCGGGAAUACGAGCUCUCUCUCCCCGCCGGGACGCGGGAGCCCCUCGCCCCCCCCACCGCCCCUCACCCGCCCGCCCCGCCCCCGGUGGGCGGAGCACGCCCGGGCCCCGCCCCGGCCGCGCGCUGACCCCGGAAGCGCCGGUACCUCUCUCAUCUUCCCCUGCCCCGCGCUGGGCGCCGCCGGCUCGCGGCACUUUCAGAGGCGGCCGCCGCCGCCUCGCAGGGCCCCCUCAUUGGCCCCCGGCCCCCCCGCCCCGCCGGCCCGCACCCAUUGGUUCGUAGGGCCGCUACUCAAGGCGGGCCCCGCCUCCCGCCGCCGUCUGAGCCCGCCCCCCUCCUCGCGACUCUCGGCUAGUUCUCGAUAG